CUUAUUCUCAUUCUUAUUCUCAUUCUUAUUCUCAUCCUCAUUCACUUUGUUCUCAUUCCACUCAAACACCUCCUCGUUUCUUACUCACUUAAUAUAUACAGUUUGGCAGCAUGGACAACCACUCCCUCGAGAACUGCCCACUCCGCUCCUUUGGAUGCAUCACCACCACAGCUACAGCGCCCUUCCGCAUUAUCGAUCUCGACGUCGAGGCAUUAGACCUCUUCCUCACCGGCUACAGAUACGACCAUUACAGAUACGGUAGCAACAGCAGCAGCCGCAGCAGUAGCAGCCAAUAUCCUCACUCUCCAAUGAUGGACUCGUCCUGCAGCAGCCCUAUCGACCCACAUUUUGAUUUCCCCGAGGAGCGAGCUCACGCCAGAGCCAAAGUCCACCACUUCCUGACGGGACUUCCCAUGGCAGACAUCUUUUUGACCGAUAGCCAGUCCUGCCUGGACAUCUCAUUAUCAUCUUUUUCGUCUUCGUGCUCACCCUCAGUACUAGAGGGAUGCAAUCUGAAGCCCUUUAUCAUCUCCGAGGAUGCUAUGCUUUCAAGCACCCAUGACCACCACUGUCCCACUGUGAAACCUGCCGCCCCACGACGCGUCCACGCCUGCAUUCACCACUCCUCACGAAGACUGAGCGGCGACCACACAAAUAGCACCAGCGCCUCCGGCGGCUACAGAUUCUACCUUAUCAAGGAUGUCACAGAGAUGCACGGACUAGCCGUCGCCGCCAGGAACGCCAUCAAGACCAGCGUACGACGACAAAAGCAACUUCAGCAGCUUUCCCUCGCACGAUGCAAUACUCAGUCUCGACGAACACAGGGUGGCACAGUAGUGCAAUCAGAGGAGACGGCAAAGGCCAAGGAUGUGCCCGCCACACUUUCUAUUAGAGACUCUAGCCUCGCUGCUGGCUCGGUGACCGCUGCGUCUAACCCAUUCUCGGAUCCUGGUCUGCUCAUCCUGCAAGUGACACGUUUCGGAACCGUUGACCAUGCCUUUGCGAUUCCACAGCUCGAGCAAGAAAACUACAAGAGGUCCUUUGCAUCCCGACCAGACCACCCUCUAUUCCUGGCACAUGACAGAACCGCCAUCGAGUCGAUGGGCAGUUGCUCAUUAAUGGCUUAUGUGCACCCCCAGGACCUGCCUUCGCUCUGCAAAGGGCUCGAUCAAAUUUGCAAGGCGCUCUACACUGUUUUCCGUGCCCGCUGGCGAAUCGAUGCUAUGCAUGCGCUGUACUAUGAAAGUGACGAUGAAGACGCCAUGGAGAUGGACAGCCCGGCAGAGACGAUAGUGGGUUGCCUAUCCAAUAUCAUCGAGUUCCAAGGAGAGCUGUUUGAAGAGUGGGUCGAUCCUUCCGCAGCAGUAUUCCAAACUGCGCCGCCCCAGGACUUUGCGUGGACCGAGGUAACGGGUAUGCUUUCGAAUGGAAACCCACUUCUCGUGGUCCGGCCCUUGACCGCGCUCGAGAUUGAGGAGCUUGAACCAUCCUCUGCGGCGUCCGCGAUGUCCAAGGGUCUCCAGCAGCCUCAUGCACUGUUUGUUGAUGCGCAUAGCGACGACGAUGAAGGAUACCUCGAGAUGGAGAUGCAGCUGGAUGUUGAACUGGACCAGACUAUCCUGACCGGCGGUGAAGUCGUGGUCCUCGACAAGAAGGCUCAGAAGGAUGAGAUCCGCAAGCGAAUGGACAUUGGCGAAGGUCUCAUACUUAGUCAGACCAGCAUGCAGGGACUCUCCGACCUCCGCUCUGUUUCUGUGGCCGCCUUGUCGGUCGCUGCUAUCUCCCAGACCCAGCGCCGUCGUCCGCUCCAUAACCGUCAUCGACCUCUGUACUUCAAUUUCCGUCCAAUCAUCAACGUUGGUCCAUGGCCUUCGCUUACAUCCGCCGCAUUCGAAGCUUGGAAGCAAUGGGUCCAGACCAUUCACAUGACAAAGGAGCAUUUCCAAGCUUGGUGUGAAUAUCUCCUGGACGCGUUCCUGAACCAGACGAUCAAGACUGUGUCAUUUGGAAUGGCAUUGUUGGGUUUCGAGACCUUGCCGUUCGCUCCUUCCGCAUACCCAUACAAGUGCGCUGAGUCUUCGAAGGAUCAGAAGGAUAUCACGAUCCAGAACAAGGGCCAUGGUAUCUUGCAGAUGUGCGCACUCCAGGUCUCGCAGCAGGCUACUCGACCUGCCGGUGACAUCUCCAAGAUGUCAGGACUCAACCGAGCAGGGAAGGUCUUGGAGGCAAACUGCCCAAAGCUGGAGGGAGUUGUUCGUCGCAUUGGAACCAGCUGGAUUGGACAGCAGAUCAUCGUGACAGGUCGGUUGGACGAGAGGCUGGAUGUGGUUGCGGACCAUGUGGUGGACUGGUGGGAGAGCGAGGACCGCGUGGCGACGUUGACGACGACUGUACCGAUCUUAUCGUCGACCGUUCCGAUCUUGAACACAAUCACAGCAUACACUCCCUCGUUCCUGACCAAUCGACUCCGGAGAUAGAAGGACGUGUAUUCAAUAGAACGACCAUGAUACCCGUAGAUCGUAUAGAAACUGCUUAUAAACUGGUUAUCUGUCUACAAAUUUUC